CAAUAAUCAAUUCAAAUAUUUAGUAAUUAUAAUGUCAAAUUCCCGUCCAUUGACAGCUAUUUUAAAGGAAUUUCUUCCAAAGGACUCCAAUUUCAAAUUAUUGCAUCUUCAAUCUUGUGCAAAAGAAUGUAAACAUCUAUGUCAGUACUCGAAGAAAUCCCCCACAAAACCAUCAUUAACUUUAAAAGUGAAACAUUUCAUUACAUUGAGUGACGUUGAUGGAACAAUAUUGAUGGGUAUUGAAAUUUAUAUUUACCUUUCUAUCUUUUCAGAUCAUACAGAUCAUCAUCUUUUCAUUUCAAAGGCUGAUACUACAGGUCUUAAACAAUUAAAGAGUAUUCAAAUUAAAGUUGGAGAAAUCAUUUCAAGUAUUUUGAAAUACUUAAUAUCAAAAGAUAUUCAAGAAUACAUUAAAGAUGUUAAGUUAAAUAAGGAAGUAGAGGGUGAAGAUAAAGAUAAUCAAGUAAAGAUCACAAAUAAGUCUGAUAAUGAAACUGUCAAUAACUUAUUGCGAGCAGUUGAGAAAUUGAAAACACCAACAAUAAAUAAAUCAUUUUAUGAUAGCUUAAUUGGAAAAGGUGGGGAUAUUGACCAUGAUAAGAAGAAAGAAUCCAUUGAAUUGCCUACUAACCUUGUUAAGAUUAGAAUAUCAUUAUUUACUAGAGCAGAACAACAAUACUUAUUCCCUGACUCGUUUAAGAAUGAAUUUAAACACAACAUAGAUGGUAGACAAUUAUUAUCGUGGUGGAUGAAAAUAUUAAAUGAAGUACUUGAGAGUACCAAAACCAAAUAUACUUGUAAAUUAGCAAUACCAGGAGCAGAUUCGGAAAAGGAUAUUUCAAAUUUCCAUACAUCUUUAACAAAAUAUCCCAAUGUCAUAUGGUCAAAUGGUAGUAUCUUUUCCAAUGAGGUAAAUACAGAAGAUUUGGCUAUUUACAAUAUUCCAUUAUUUCCGGAUGACCCAAAGGGUCGGUUCUUGGAACAUCUUGUAGUUGAGAAUAGAUAUAAAACUACAUCCACCAAACAAUUUUGGGAGGAAUUGGGGAUUAGACAAGAAUUCAGAUUAGGAAAUUUGGUAGGAAUUAUUGGAUGUGAUAGUGAAAUUUUAUCAUUUAAUCAAACUAAUCAAAAAGAUGAUGAAAUAAUGACAUUAAGAGAUUAUAAAAAAGUUUCAAAUAUCAUAAAGAGCAUGACAUAUACUUCAAUUGGAGACGUUAAUAAAAUGAUGAAUUUGGAAAUUCCAGAGGUUUUGAAAGAUUUGGGCUACAAUCAUAAGAUUAUUGCAAUAACUGGGAACAAAGUAAAGGUUGCAAAUAAUUUGUCGUCGACAAGUAAUUCUAGCGAUAAAAGAGUUCCUGUGGUCAAUAACCUUAAUGGGAUGAUAAAAAGAAGAAAGAAGUAGAAUAAUACUUUUUUUUUUAUUUAACUGUAUAAAAGUCGUAUAU